GGACUUGAUAGAUUCAGCAAAGGGUACUCGCUCGGGAAGCACCACGACCCUGACCAGAGAGGAACAGCGCGCGCGCAAGAACCAAGCCAUGUGGGGCGAGCCAGCGAAAAGGCCAAAAAAGAAGCCACCCGCUCCUCCCGCGACGAACCGUGCCUCAAUGACGCCAGGAAGAUCGCUGCAUAUCUCAUCAGCCCUUGUCGGCAACAGAAAGAAUGAGAUGCUGGCCAUUGGUGUUGGUCGUCAGACCUACAGGAGCAUUGAAGACGUGGAGCGCGAACUGAAGGCUGCUCGAGCGAGCGAUGAUCCCGCAUUUGUGAGAGAGGCUCAGCGCAAGCAGGCGGAACUGGAGACGCUCGAGCGCAGGCGGAAGGCAAUGGAGAAGAAGCGCCUGAUGGAGAGUGGGAGAAAACCGAACCAGUCGGAUGAUAGUCUUUUUGGCAGUGACGACGAGGAACAGCCGGAUCACAAGAGAGCCUUGAAAUCGGAGCUCAAGGCAACGAUUGGCAGCGCCUCUUCGGAACAACCUGAGGCUCGAGCAGCCUCCAAAGAUCGCCCUUCGAAAUCGCUGGCCACGAAGUCUUAUGGUGUCAACCCAGCAGACUUUCUUCCAGGUGCACCUUUUCGUCCGCUGUCCUCUAAAGGCGCCGCCGCGAAAUCGGAAAAGCCUUCGGAUGACGAGGUUCGCAAGACGAAGCAAAAGCUGGCCGUAGGCGGCUCUAGGAAUGCGGGCAAAGAGACGUUGCCUGUGCCCGAGAAAGUCUCCAUCCCAGCCCGCGAGACUCCUAGAGAGAAGUUUAUUCGUGAAGAUGCGGAGAGGAAAGCACUACGGAGAGAGGCACAGAAAGCUGCUGGCAUGAUCGACCGACGGCCCGAGGCUGGUCGCUCCCAGAGAUACGAAGAGAGUGACGGUGAGAGCGAGGAGGAAGAUUCUGACGACUACGAGUCGGAUGGGAGUGAAGGCGAGAGCGGCGCAUCUGCGGGCAGAUACAGAAAGAAGAGCAAGCGAGACGAUGUGCGCUCCCAGGUCUGGGCUGCGCUCGGUAUGGAUCGUAGCAAGUACGAGAGCCGAGAUGUCUACAGUGACGAUGACGAUAUGGAGGCUGACGCAGCGAGCGUCUAUGCCGAAGAGCUGAGAAGCGCGCGUCAAGCAAGAGCAGAAGACCGUAGAGAGGAAGAGCUGGAACGAAAGCGGGAAUUGGCAAAGGCAGCCAAAAAGCGUGCUAGAGAGGACCGUCGCUGAGGAAAAAUUUGAAUCACAAAUCGUAAAUGCCCGCAUUUAGUCAUCGCGACUCGUUGCAGAUCUCGUGGCAAAGCACUGGAUGCACGCAACAAGGCAGCAACAGCACAU